AUGCAAAACAAAUGCGCUAGCCGAAAUACUACUCCUUUGGGGAAAUUUAGUAAAUUCUUCAAACGAUUAUAUCGAAAAAAACCAAAGCCUACUUGUCAAGCAUCAGGAUGUAGCAAUCUUUGUGCAAAAAAAGACAAAUUUUGUAGUGCUAAUUGUGAAUCAUUAUUCACCUCUUCACCAACUUUAUUAAACUCUGAAAAUUCUGCAAUAAAAUUGAACAAUGAUUUUCAGAAAACAUCUACUACUUCUACACCAAUAAUAACUAUAUCGCCUGUACAGGCUAACCCUCCGACAACAUCAUCUUUCUUCACUCGUAUUUUAGAACGCAAAGAAACUACUGAAAGUGAAUUAUCGGGUGAUGAUGACGACAUCUCAUCUAAUGGCAAAAAAAAUAAGCCCAAAAAAUCUAGGAAACUGAUGUUCCUUGCACCUAAAGCAACAUAUUCAGAAAGUUCUAUUUCUAGCGAAGCAUCCAGUGAUCUUAAUGAUUCAGCGUAUGAAUCAACAAGUUUGGAGGAACCUCUAAAAAAAUCGAAAAAGAAAUAUACUGGAAAGACAAUAAUGACGGUACUGAAAUCCAGUGAUGAGGAUUACAAAAAAGUCAAAAAAAUGUUUCAAGUUGGACUUCCUAAAAGUACUAUUCUUGGAAUAUUUCAAUUACAAAUGCCAACUAGACUUGUGGAUGAUCAUGAAACAUAUAAAGUCAAAAUUGCUGAUAGUAUAAAAACUACAAAUGACAGAGUAACGCAUAAAAUGUUUCAUGGUACAAAACAUACUGAUAAUUGUGAUCCUCAACGGUUUAUCAAAACUCGCAAUGCUAGAUUCUGCAAAUCAGGUUGUGGAUUUUGUGGAAUUGCACAAGCAGGAAAUCAAUCCAAAUUUUCUAAUUAUAAUGGCAAAAUGUGGUUCGCCAACAAUUCGAUCACUUCAUUGGGUUAUUGCGGAACUUAUAACGUAAAGACUAUGUUCGUAGUUGAUGUAAUUGCCGAAAAAUACGAGGGAAUAUUAAUAGUUCGUGAUAAUGCAGCAACGAUUCCAAAAUAUCUUAUCAUAUUUAAAUGA